AUGGCUUUUACUUCUACACUGCCAAGUUUGAAAAGAGGUUUAAAAAGAAGUUUGAAAAGAACACAGUAUGACAUGCCACAGUUUGAGUUUCAUGAUUUGGAUGAGAAAGAAGUUAUUGGACGUGGGUCAUAUGGAAUUGUCUAUAAAGCUAGAUAUCUAAGCGAAGAGGUCGUCGUCAAAAAAAUACUGGGUGAAUCAACCGAUGAAGAGGAGAGUUUUAUCAAAGAAGCGAAACUGAUUAAAUCUUUAAAACAUCAAAACAUCGUAUCCUUUAAAGGAUUUUGCGCCAGCCCACUUGCAAUAAUGCUGGAGUAUGUUUAUUUUGAUUUUAAUCCUUUCGAAAUUACUAAAAAAGUGAGUAACUUGGCUGAUUUUAUAAACUUUUCGGAUAAAGUAGACGCAUUUGAAUUAUUUGACUCGAAGAUGUUAAACAUCAUAUGCCGGGACGUGGCCGAAGGUUUGGAAUACUUGCAUUGUAAUGAUAGUGCUCAUCGCGAUUUGAAGGCCAAAAAUAUUCUGGUCAGCAACCAACAUUACUCAAGCUUAAUUAACGAGGAUGAACGACACUCGAUCUACCAACAAAAUCCAAUUGUUUGUAAACUCGCCGAUUUCGGAGAGAGCAGAUCCACAUCAAUACAACGAGCCCAACUUCAUUCUACAACAAAGCAUGUUGACAGGUAUGCUGUGUAUAGUAAAUAA